CCCACAAACCAAGAAUUCUCAGCUGAAGCCCCCGUGCUCAGCCUCUGCCAGCAUGAAGAUCUUCACAGUGCCUCUGUGCCUGUUGCUCCUAGCAGCUGCCUUCUGCACCCAUGUUCUCGCUCAGCCAGCCUCUCUCCCAACCAUCUGUUGCUUUAGAGUGGCCACUAGGAAGAUCUCCAUUCAGCGACUACAGAGCUACAGAAGAAUCCCUGGCAACAUGUGUCCCCAGACAGCAGUGAUCUUAAAGACCAAACAGGCCAAGGAGAUCUGUGCUGAUCCCAAGGAGAGGUGGGUCCAGGAUGUCAUGAAGUACCUGGACCAGAAUCCCAAACUCUAAAGCCAUAAAUAUUCACUUUUUUGAGACCAAACCAGAGCCUGACAGUUUGAAGCACUUUCUUCAAUCUUCCUAAGA